CGACCACCUUAAUUCCAGCCCCAAACGGUUCAUAACCAAAAUUCCCAAAAUACCCUCCACACACAAAAUCCCCAAAAUACCCCUCGACACCGCCGCCGUCUUCUUCCCUGCGCAAACUUACAAAACCACCAAUGGCGGCGGCGGCGAUGGCUUCCACCCACCUCCGAACUUCCAAUUACGCCACCGAUUUCUCACCAAAAUUAAAAUUCACAGAAUCCCCUAACCCUUCCCGCCUCCACCUCCGGCGGGGGGCCCGGCCGGCCGCCGGAAUAUCCGCGUCCCUGAUCGAGCCGGACGGCGGCGAGCUGGUGGACCUGGUGGUGAAGGGGCCAGAGCGGGCGGCGAAGGUGAGGCAGGCGGCGGCGCUGCCACGGAUCAGGCUGUCGGCGGUGGAGCUGCAGUGGGUUCAGGUGGUGAGCGAGGGGUGGGCCAGCCCGCUGAGAGGGUUCAUGAGGGAGCACCAGUUCCUCCAAGCACUUCACUUCAACUCCAUCCGCAUCGGCGACGGCGGCGGCGGCGCCGUCGCGAACAUGUCCGUGCCGAUCGUGCUCGCCGUCGACGACGCGGAGAAGCGCCGCCUCGGCGCGGCGGACGCCGUCGCGCUUGUCGACGGAGAGGACCGCCUGGUCGCCGUUCUCAGCGACAUAGAGAUUUACAGGCACAACAAGGAAGAAAGAAUAGCAAGAACAUGGGGGACCACAGCUCCGGGACUUCCAUACGUGGAGGAGGCGAUUACAAACGCCGGCAACUGGCUCGUCGGCGGCGACCUAGCUGUGAUAAAUCCGGUCAAAUACGACGACGGUUUGGACCGGUUUCGGCUCUCCCCGGCCGAGCUGCGCGCCGAGUUCGAGCGGCGGGAAGCCGACGCCGUCUUCGCCUUCCAAUUGAGAAAUCCGGUGCACAAUGGGCACGCAUUGCUUAUGAACGACACCCGGCAAAGGCUCCUCGACAUGGGCUACAAGAACCCGGUCCUCUUGCUCCACCCGUUGGGCGGGUACACGAAAGCCGAUGAUGUGCCUCUUAGUUGGCGCAUGAAGCAACACGAGAAGGUGCUUGAAGAUGGGAUUUUGGACCCGGAGACCACGAUAGUGUCUAUAUUCCCAUCCCCGAUGCACUAUGCCGGCCCGACUGAGGUGCAAUGGCACGCCAAGGCUCGGAUCAAUGCCGGGGCAAAUUUUUACAUUGUGGGGCGUGAUCCGGCCGGGAUGAGCCAUCCACUCGAAAAAAGAGAUCUAUACGAUGCCGACCAUGGGAAGAAGGUACUAAGCAUGGCGCCCGGGUUGGAACGCCUCAACAUUUUGCCCUUCAAGGUCGCUGCUUACGACAAAACGCUAGGCAAAAUGGCGUUCUUUGAUCCAUCAAGGGCUCAAGAUUUUCUCUUCAUAUCGGGCACCAAGAUGCGAAACCUUGCGAAGAAUAAAGAAAGCCCGCCGGACGGUUUCAUGUGCCCCGGAGGAUGGAAAGUGUUAGUCGAAUACUACGAAAGUUUGGCUAAAUCCGAGAAUGAGAGAUUGGCGGAACCUGUCCCGGCUUGAUCAAUGCUCACAAUUAUAGUCGGAAUAAAUUAAUUGACUUUUGGUCCUUCGUUUACUUCAGACACAAAAAUAGGAUGCCUCAACACAUGUAGCGUAGCACAUAAAAAAUAAGUAAAUAAGAAAAAGAUUUCGGCUCUCUUAGUCUUAUUUCGAGUAAUGUAACACAACAUUGGAUUGAUCGAUUGAGGAUCAAAUUAUAUGAAUGAGUAAUGUAACUCAAUGUAUAAGUUUAGUUGGACAAUUAAAAAAGAAAAUUGGCUAUAAUUUUGGUGGAGGAAAAGAAUAUAAAAUAUUGGCUAUUAUUUGGUUGUGGUGUUAAUUUAAA